GCUCGGGAGGCACAGGAGUUCAGAGUUUGUGCUGCAGGGCUGGAGUUCACGCGGCUCAUAAAGCGUCUUUUCCAGAAUUCCAGCAGAACAAUUCUUCACAAAUUGUGCGGGGUAAUUUCUACAUACAGAAAAAGAUAAAUAAUUAUGCAGGAUGUAGCGGAGAGAGCUUUUAAAGAUUCUUCAAUAUUAAGCUUUGCCUUUUCAGUAUAAGCAAUUUAUUCAACAGACAUUCCCAGCAAAUCAUCUGGUAUAAUUAAAUGGCUCCCAGUAAGAUAUUAGUUAAAAUGGCAGAGAUGUUUUUAUUUUGCAGUGAAUUGGCUGAAGCCUAAAAUUUUCAUGUUACGCCUCAGUUUUUUUAAGAUGCACUUCUGUACUUUCUAGUUAAAGUGCUCAUGGCACUUUAAAGUGCUUGAUGGCUGUUUUAGAAGCCUGACAUUUUCCCACAAGUAGCUGUCAAAUCUGGGAACUCUUUGCUUCCCUCACCCACAAAAUAAACUGCAAGUCAAACAGUAAGGCACUAUAAUUAAAUACUUCAUUAGGAAUUGAAGUACUAUGUGUUACACAUUAGACAUUUUUUACUUCAACAUGUAUGUAUUGUUAGGUAAGCAGAAGGAACAGCUAAAAAGUGGGAGAGGGCAAUCAAGUUCAAGAUUCCAUGGCUUUUUAUAUGUCAAAAGUUUUAUACACUGGAACAGAAAGGCCGUGAUUUCACAUCAUUCAGUGUGCUGCACAGAUUAUCAAACACUUGUAUGCUCUUUUACUUUAGUGAACAUUGAAUGUGAAACUAGGUGAAAAGACACAAAAAAGUAGUAACAAACUAUGUUCUAGAACAAGUACUCUGGGCUGCAUUUUCACCUUGCAUACCAAGGUAGAUCUAGAUGCACUUCCUCAGAUCUAGAAAAGGUUGAAUUCUUUCAUGCUAGAGUAGUUUAAAGAUCUGCUGAUUGGUUCUCUGGAAAAAAACUAGUUCUUGCACUAGGAUGUGAGAGAAAACAAUGAGAGACUAUUUUCUUUCUUGAAAUGGGCUGGAAUAAUUAACUGAAAUGUAAUUUGAACUGGACUUGUAGUUUGUAUCAAACUGAAACAAAAUCUUAAAAUGUCACUGUUUUGAACAGUUGAAAAAUUACAUCUCAGAGGUAUACUUUAAAAAUUCACAGAAUCAAUUAGGUGGAAGAAACCUCUGGGAUCAUUGAGUCCCACCUGUGACCAAACACCACCAUAUCAUUUAGACCGUGGCACUCAGUGCUAUGUCCAAUCCUCAAACGCCUCCAGGGACGGUGAUUCCACCGCCUCCCUGUGCGGCCCAUUCCAGGCUCUGAUCACCCUUUCCUAAUGCCCAGCCUACACGUACCCUGGUGCACAGUAAAGCUGAGUCCUGCCACUUGUUCCCUGGGAGAAGAGGCCCAUCCCCACCUGGCUACAACCUCCUGUCAGGGUGUUGUAGAGAGUGAAUCAAUUUUUUUGGACUAAUCAAAAAGAACUUCAGUAAGGGAACAGAGACUGAAGUAAUUGGGCAUGUGUGGAUAGACUCUAAUGUGGUAAGAAUAGUCUCUGUGCACGAUGCAACUGCAAUCAAACUAGCACCUGAAAGUCUCAUUUACUUCUAAGAUUACGCCUCGAGUCUCUACUGUAAAAUCAACCUUGAAUAGUUUCUGCGAAGGAAGGCUGCCUGGGUGCGGCGUGUACAGUAAGCAAGCGUACCCCAGUUCUCACGAAUACAGCAGGUUGUGUAUUCCCAGAAAUGGGAGUGUAGCGGCGCUCUCGUCCGGUGAUAUUAAACGCGUGAAACAGAAAGGCGAGCAGCUGCGGUGAGGGAGGAGCCGCUCCGGGGCCGGGGCCGGGGCCGUGCUGGCGGGGCGGAAGCGGCGGGGCGGGCCCGGCGCGGCCCCUCCUCAGCCCGGGGCUGCCGCCGCGGGGCCCGAGCGCGCUGCGGGGAGCGGCUGGGGCCGGCCCCGCGCCGGCCCGCACCGGCAGCGCGGAGUGCAGGAAACGAGCUGGGAAGAGACGGGAGAGGAGCUAGGAGUCAUUCUGCUGCUGGCUCUUACUUGGCGCAGACUGAGCGGUGAAAUAUUUUUCCUGUAUUUUCCACAGAAAUCCUCUUACCUCUGUCUUUCAGGCAAACUGGAAGGAUGUUUUUAGAAGUAGUGCCUUAUCGGGUUUGAAGAUCUAAGAGAGCUUUCUGUUUGUGUAAAGCAUAAAGGAAAAUGGAAGAAGGUGAGACUUUACAAGGGGAAACAGAGAGGGCAAAAGUUGAACCGUGUGCUACUCCUGGCCUGGGUCGGCAGAUAUCAGUCAGUGAGUUCCUCUGCCACUGCUGCUACGACAUUCUGAUCAAUCCCACCACCCUGAACUGUGGGCACAGCUUCUGUAGGCAUUGCUUGGCCUUGUGGUGGGUAUCAUCCAAGAAGAAUGAAUGCCCUGAAUGCAGAGAAAAAUGGGAAGGAUUCCCCAAAGUCAACAUCCUCCUCAGGGAUGUUAUUGAAAAGCUAUUUUCUGAUGCCAUUGAACAAAGAAAAGAAGAUAUUCAACAGAACAGUGAAGUAGCACGCAGCUUAGCAACUUUCCAAAAGCAUGGGAACGACCAGAUGCCAUCAGUUCCAAACACGGCAAGAAUUAAUCCUCGAGGAGGGUUUUUCUCAGGUGUUCUGACAGCUUUAACUUGUGUAGCAGUAGUUCUACUUGGCUAUCACUGGAGUAGCAGAGAAUUUGAAGAUGAUCUUCUUGUCCACAAGCCUGUUGCUAAGUGGACUGCUGAGGAAGUGAUACUCUGGCUGGAGCAGCUGGGCCCGUGGGCUUCACAUUACAAAGAAAGAUUUUUACUGGAGAAAGUAAAUGGGAGACUCCUCCUUACACUGACUGAAGAGGAUUUCACCAAAGAGCCUUACAAUGUAGAGAACAGUAACCACAGGAGAGCCAUUAUAGCAGAACUGGAAUGUGUGAAAACUUUAGGUGUUAAACCACCACAGAACCUUUGGGAAUAUAAGGCCGUAAACCCAGGAAAAUCACUCUUUCUUCUGUAUGCACUGAAGAGUUCUCCAAGACUCAGUAUGUUAUACCUAUAUUUGUUUGAUUACAAAGAAGCUUUCCUACCUUUCAUCCACACAAUUUGUCCUAUGCAAGAAGACAAGUAUGAAGAUACUGUCACAAAACUACUUGACCUUAAAGAUCCUUCUUGGAGGCAAUGGAGAGAAUUCACUGUGAAGUAUUUCUUUUUGCCAUACCAGCUGAUAGCUGAAUUUGCUUGGGAUUGGCUAGAUGUGCAUUACUGGACAUCAAGAUUUAUAAUUGUAAAUGCCAUGUUGCUCUCUGUUCUGGAAUUACUCUCCUUUUGGAGACUGUGGUCAAGAAGAGAAUUGAAGACUAUUCCUCACAGAAUGUGGAGACAUUUCUGGAAAGUCUCAACCCAAGGACUUUUUGUUGCCAUUUUUUGGCCUUUUAUUCCUCAGUUUGUCUGCAAUUGUUUGUUCUACUGGGCCUUGUAUUUUAACCCAGUUAUAAACAUUGAUCUUGUAGUUACAGAGAUAAGGCGUCUGGAGACACAAGUGCAGUGAUUGGCAUUGGAACUCUUGAGCUGUUUAGCUUCUAAAAAUGGACAUUUUGAAAAAACUUUGCUUUUCUUCUUUAUGCAUGUGGCAGUGAAAAUGGUGGAUUAUGUUAUUUUAAACACAUGAAAAAGCUUUAAGAUAAGUUACUCUUAAACCAGCUGAUUCCAAAUUGCAGGAUGAAGGAAAAAGAAAUUUUCUGUUGGAAAAAAAAGCACAUUCCUGUAUAGCUAUGUAAAACUCAUACAGUCAUCUCAUCCUAUUUGUAUCAGAUAAAUUUCUUUAUUCUGUCCUGAGCAUUCUGUGUAUUUUCAAACCUGCCUUAAAGUCAGUGUCUUCUGCACUGCUACAGUGAUUUCUUUCUUUUUCUUUUUAAACUUAGCAUUUCAUACCGGCAAUGUGUUCCUCAACUUCAGUUUGCCAAAGGAAUGCCCUUCCUGGAUAGGCUUGAUGUUGAAAGAAUUUAAUUUAUCUCAGUCUUCUUUACAUGUAGCAUUGUGACUGCCCUGUACAGUCUCACAGUAGAGUUUGUUCCAAAAUUCCUGCAGCUGAAGGCAAAGGCUACUUGAAUUUUCUUGUGUCUUGGAAAAUGGGAUAAUUACCAUGGAAAUUUUUUAUUCAGCUCAGUUAGACUUCAAUAGCUCCUUUCAUUCUCUCUUCUUGAAUUCUGUUGCUAAUUCUUAAAUAUCUCAUAAAAAGGAUUAUUUUGGAAAAGUGACCUGACACUGUAAUUACUUAUGGCAAUAUAAUGUGUGUAUCUAUGUCUGUGAGCAAAUAUUGACUGGAAAGUUGUUUGUGUAAGCAGGACUGACAUUGGUUAAUGUAUGUUCCUUUGACUGAAUCAAAAGGUAAGAUUUUUUUCAAGAACUUUGUCCUCUUGCAGUCUGCAUUGGUUUGUUGUUUUGUUUAUUUCAUUUGUGUCAGUAAUGUGAACUAAAUUUGCCUAUGAAUAUUUUUCACAAUUAAAGAUCUCUCUUGAAAUCUUCA